AUGGCGUACAGGAUUUUGAUCGUGUUCCCAAUUCCCAGCAAAAGCCAUUCCAUACUCGGCGAGGGAUACGUGAGGCAUCUACUUGAUGCUGACCACGAGGUGACUUAUAUAACACCUAUCAUCGUAAAAAGUUCACAUCCAAGAUUAAGGCAAAUUGAUGUAUCGUCAAAUUAUGACAUUAUGCCAUUCGAUAAGAUGUUUGAUAUAAGCAAAAUAAUUCAAUCAAAAUCCGAAUUUAAAAACAUACGUAGCAGUUUGUAUGCCUGUGCUGACUUGGCCAAUUAUACCAUCAUGCAUCCGAACGUUCAACGACUAAUUCACGGCACCAAUGUACAUUUUGAUGUUGUCAUUAGCGAGUGGCUUUUCAACGAACUGUAUUCGGGUUUCUCGUCAGUAUUCAACUGUCCACUUAUUUGGGCAUCAUCAAUGGAGCCUCACCCAAUGGUGCUAGAUGUGAUGAAUGACCUUUUGAAUCCGGCAUACAAUCCGAGUUACCUUUCGGAUUUAGUGGCACCAUAUGAUUUUUGGAGUCGGGUUGAAGAGCUGUGUACGUUUGUUAACGUGAAAAUUUACAAGUGGUGGUUGGGAAACAAAGAGAAACGAAUGUUCACAAACGCAUUCGGAUCGGCGGUUGAAAAGAGAGGUCGGACAUUACCAUCUUACUCUGAGGUCCAGUACAAUGCUUCCCUAAUGUUUGGAAAUUCACACGUUACCACGGGGCCUGCAAUUUGCCUUCCACAAAAUUAUGUACCAAUUGGAGGGUACCAUAUCAAGGAAAGUAGAGAUCCAUUGCCAGUGAAUAUACAAAAAAUUUUGCAAGACGCGAAAGAUGGCCUGAUUUUCUUUAGCAUGGGGUCCAUGGCAAAAAGCAGUAGUAUUCCGGUUGAAAUUAAAAAUGAUCUCUUAAGAAUGUUUGGUAAAUUGAAUCGGACAAUAUUGUGGAAAUUUGAAGAAGAUUUACCUGACUUACCUAGGAAUGUUCAUAUAGUCCCUUGGGCUCCACAAGUCGAAGUUUUGGGACAUGUAAACUGUGAACUAUUCAUUACACAUGGGGGUUUGUUGUCAAUUCUCGAAUCAAUACACUUUGGCGUUCCGAUCAUCGGAAUACCGCUUUUUGGAGAUCAAGACCUUAACGUCAAUAGAGCCGUCGAUAAAGGAUUUGGGAAGAAAGUGGAUUUGAACAGUCAAAUCGCUGUCAAAAUGGAGGCUGCAAUAAAAGAAAUUUUACACGAUGAUCGAUUUCAUAAAAAGGCUAAAGAAUACUCAUUCAUCUAUCACGAUCGACUGAUGCCGCAGGGUAGAGUUCUGGCCCAUUGGGUUUCCCACGUUAUACGCACAAACGGUGCACGACAUCUUCGCUCCCCAGCUCAACUGGUUCCAUGGUACCAGAAACUGUACCUCGACUUAGUAUUUGCAAUUAUUUUCGUAUCGUAUGUAUUGUUCAAGAUUUGUGUUUGCAUCAAGAGUCUAUGUGUGUUCGAAAUGUAUACGAUUAAACUGAAAAUAUCG